CUGCAAACAGGCAACAACAUCUCCUCUGAAUCCAGCUGAAAUCCACAAACUUUGCUUAAAUGACCAGCCAGGUGAUCUCAACUGACAACGGUAGAAUUCUUAUCCAAAUAAAUCCACAGAUAGGUCAAGACGAUGCUGAACAACAGGAUGAGAGAGCAACUAAUCUCAAUACACUUCUUAUGGGGUUUCUUAAAGUACAACUAAAGACAUUGGGGACUGUCCAGAUAAUGAUUGGUGUGGUGUUUUUCUUAUUUGGUUUUGGGUUCACUACUGAUGAACCAACCAAAUACAGAAUUUUUUACAUAACUAACAGUGGCAUAACCCACUGGGGAUCCCUUAUUUACAUCACUGCUGGUUCUCUGUCUGUUGGUGUGGAAAAUAAACUCCAUCCCUGGUUGGUGAAAGCUUCGCUUGGAAUGAACGUAUGCAGUGCCGUAACUGCAGGGAUAGCCAUUAUUAUAUCGGCUGUAGAUUUAUCAGGAUCGCAUCUCAUUUCAGAAAUUAAGUGGCCCACUGGAACAAUACUGGUGUUCUCCAUCCUCCAGUUAAUCAUCUCUAUCUCCAUCUCGGCUUUUGCCUACACAAGCACCUUCUGCACAAACCAUACAGUGGUCAAUGUUUCAUUUAACCAGAACAUCUAAAUUUACGAGACUCCAUCAACUCAACAUCUGAGUCCUCAGUGGGAAAGGAGACCAGCAGCAAAACCAACAGAAAAUUUCCAACUUUAUUGUAAUGCAUUUUAUUUGAAAUGAAAAGUUUAUAAGUUUUGGCUUAAAUGAAGUGUUGUAGGCUUAAUAUGUUUUAAAUAAGUUGUUUAAAUAAGUUUUUAUAAAUAAAGCUCUCAAGAUUCUGUAUAUUAAUUUUAUGGUCCCUAUAACUACAUAUAACAGGGAGGUAACAAUUAGGAAAUUUGACUCACUUAACAUGCCCUGAAUACUACUGAAUGAAGCCUUUAAAUAGUCUAAGACCCUCCAGGACUAAACCAAAAAAUAAAAAGAGGUAACAUAGAAAAUGAACAUGAGUCGAAUGCAUUGCAACUGAAAAAAAUGGUGAACUAUCAUAUUAUACAAAUUAUAUAUGCAAAAAUGAUGAAAGUCAAUGUAACUGAACAAGCCUAGGUGUAUUUGUGUUUUUAUAAGAUUAAGCUAUGAUGAAUUAAAGGCUUUUUAACUUUUUCUACACCAUUCAAGUGCCUGUCUUUAUAGUGAAUGUAACUCAGUUUGACUGUUUGGGAUGGGGUGAUGAAACAAUACGUAAGUAUAACUGUUUGGAUAUGUAAAUGGAUAUAUUUAAACCAAUAAAUAAACAUUUUUAACACCAACACAAGGUAACUAACAAAACAUUUUUUUUUUAAAUGUAACCAUAAAGUUAGGGAUAUGGAUACCUCAACAGAAACACACACACAGGUGGAACUACAAACAUUUCUGCAAUAACUAAUGAAUAUUUUGCGCAAAACAGAGGCUGAGUACGAAAGCUCUAAAAUGCUUUCUCUGGAGGCAGCAUUCCAAGACAUGAAGGAUCAAUGACAUCCGAAUCCAAUGUUAGGUUUACUUCCUGACUCCUGAGAUACCUCCAUGUCCUGUCCCACAAUUCUAUGCGUGUGUGCGCAUGGGGUGUCCAUAGGGCGUACAAGGAAAUGGCUAGA